CACGGAUUUUAAACUUGGCAACAUUGAUUUUGCCACACAUGUGGAUUUUGUUUAAAAGCAUUUAAAAGCAAGGGUGCUCAUAAUUUGUUAGUCAAAAGUUCAAUAAAUACGGAGUAGCAAUGGCGGAAGUUCAACGUCGUUUGGAAUCAUUCACUGUUGAAUUAGAAGAGCUGACACAACUUGGGUUUUUCUCCGAAGAGGAAUGCACCUCCUUGGUCAAGAAACAAUUUGAGUUCGAAAACAAAAUAAACAGCAUGAACAAAUCGGUGCAAGAUUUCAAAGAAUACAUUGCUUAUGUUGUUGCUCUAUAUCGUAUUAUAAAGAUACGCCGGAAUAAAGUUAAAAUAGGCGAUAAAAAGCAUCACCUCGAAUACAGAGUCUUACAACGAGUGAAAAAUUUAUAUGAAAUGGCCGUCCAAAGAUUCCCACAAGAAGUGGGAUUGUAUUUUGCAUUUUUUCAAUUCUGCAAAGAAGCUGCCUUUCAACAUGCCACCAACAGGAUGUGUGACAUGAUGAUUAAAUACCACCAAAGCAAUGAAGAAGUGUGGCUGACUGCAGCUCGUUUAUAUUUCCAUGAGAAGAACGACGCAUUAAAAGCCAUCAAAGUUUUACAACAAGGUAUUGGUGUGUUGCACACAAGUAGCGCGUUAUACACCGAGUGUAUCCAGUAUGAGGUUUUUCUGUUGUUGCAAAUCACAAAGGCCCCAGAACAGAAAGUCAAGAUGAAGACGUUAACAAACUACUUGUUAAAAGAAAUAUAUCUCAAACAAGCAAAAAAUCGCAUCAAAGAUUAUAAGUUCUACACAGACUUAUUAACAUUCUUAAGAAAAUUUGAUUUUUCUGUUCAUCUUCAAAUAGAUUUAACCGAAUACCUCAUGGAAAAUCAUGCAGAUUGUGCAGAAUCUUGGCAAUUCCUAGCUACAAGAGAACUGGAAGGUGUACAUUAUGAUUAUGAAAAGAAAGAUAUUGUUUAUGCACCAGGAAAACAUAUUUUUAUUAACGCUAUUGGUAUUUAUGAAAAGGGUCUGACUGUGAUAUGCCAAGAGAAUCGGAAGUAUUUAUGGGACUAUUACAUACAAUGUGUGAUUGAUUUCAAAAACAAUGACCACUUUGAAAAAGUGUUAAAUUAUCCACGAUUAGCACUCACUGCGUUUGAGCAAGCAGCUGCUCAAAAUUGUUUAUCCGCACAAUUUUAUUUGUACUAUUUAGAACUUGUGUCAGAUGAUCAGAAAAUUGAAUUGUUAAAACAAGCCAAUGAAAAGGUGCCUGAAUCCGUGGACUUGUGGAUGUUAAGAUUACGCAUUGAAAAAGCGCGGAAUUUGCAUGAAGAUUUCGUGAACACGUUUGAACGAGCGUGUAAACACUUGGGACAAGAAGCAUAUCCAUUGUGGGAACUAAUGCAUACUUAUAAAUUAGAUAAUGAGGCUGGAAACGAAGAAAACAUUAAGUUGUUUUAUCUGUCAGCCAUUGAGCAAGGCGGACGUAUUGCUGAAGACUUCCAAAUUAAAUACAUUCAGUGGCUUGGGAAAGUCAACAUUGAAGAAUGUAGACAGACAUUCAAAUCGUUUUUAACUAGUAAACCUUUUAGUAAAGAUAUGUUCAAAGUUAUGCUGCAGAUAGAAAAGAAAGCAUUAGUUAAAUCGAAAAACGAUAAAGAAUUCGUUGACAUUUUAGAAUCCAUGCAUAAAACUGCUUGUAAACAAAUUGGCGACGAAGAUGUGGACGUAUGGAUUAAUUAUAUUAAAUUGCUUCGUGAGUUUAAGGGCAUACAUGCAUCGAAGGAUGCGAUAACUAAAAUUGCAAUUGAUACACGCAAGAAAUUGAAUUCGGAACUUUUAAGUGAGUUUGAAGUUAGAUAUGAUGCAGUAAUGCAAGAGAAUAGCAAAAAUCUUAAACGUAAGCGGGGCUCCACAUAAAGUUAAGAUUAAUAGAUGAAGUUUAAGUCUUCUUUUAAUGGAAUUCCUGAUUUAUAAUUUAUAGAAGCACUAUGAAUAUAAGUAUACAAGUAAUUUAAAGAGAGAAGAAGAAUAAAAGUCAAACAUUUCCUGCAA